CCUCCUGGUGUCCCCAAAAGUCCCUCUGGUGUCCCUAAGGCUCCCCCCCGGUGUCCCCAGGUGCCCCUUGGUGUCCCCAGGCACCCCCUCAAUGUCCCCAAGGGUCCCCCCCUCGUCACCUGCCGUCUCUCCGCAGGCCCGGGCGGCCCCGGCGGCCCCGGUGGCAGCGGCGGCGGCGGCGGCGGCGGCGGCGCUGAUGGAGCCCCCCAACGCCUUCCCGCAGCUGCAGCUCUGGUGCCCGCGGCCCUUCGGCACCUUCUCGCAGAACAAGCCAUGCUCCUCGCCCGCUGCCACCACCGCUGCCACCCCCGGUGCCCCCCGGUGCCCCCCGGGCUGCCGCCCCUCCGAGAACACCCCCCCGGAACCGCCCGAGCCCGGCCCCGCCGGCACCGCCACCGCCGCCGAGGACGGGCGGGUGCUGCUGGACACUUGGUACGUCAUCAAACCGGGCAACACCAAGGAGAAGGUGGCGUUCUUCGUGGCGCACCAGUGCGGCGGCACCGCCGGCGGCACCGCCGGCACCGCUGGCCGUGCCAGCACCAUGAAAGUCAAGGGCAACUGGGGCAGCGACAGCUCCAAGGCCAAGCGGCGCCGGCGCUGCCACCACGAACCCAAAACUGCUCCAAACCCGCCCUGGGCGGCCGGGGACGCCCCGAAGGGUGACGGCGGCGGCGGCGGGGACGGCCCGGACCUGCUGUCGGUGGCGGAGAUGGUGGCGCUGGUGGAGCGGCGGGCGGCGCUGGCCCUGCAGAGCCUGCCCCGCUCGCCCUGCGACGCCCCGGCCCCGCUGGUGCUGCUGGAGGCGCCGGGCGGCCCCGAGUGCCGGCGCGUGGCGGCCGCCGUGGCGCAGUUUGAGUCCCAGAAAUCCCAGAACCACCAGCACAGGGAGCGCGGCGGGGCCAGGCCCAACGGGGUUUGCCGCGCCGGUGCCGGCGGCGGCAGCGCCGGGAUAGAGGGGCCCGGCAAUGCCACCACCACCACCACGGGCACGGCGGCGGGGCCGGGCGAGGUGAGGAUCGCCUUCCGCAUCUCGAGCGGGCGCGAGGCCGCGGCGGCCGCCAGCGCGGAGCGGCAGAAGGACCAGAUCACCUGCGACCUGUACCGGCUGGUGAGCCCGGCGCGGCUGCUGCUGGCCGCCAAGGGGGACAAGGACGGCGCGGGCGACGAGGCGGCUGCGGCAGCGGAACAGGGCGGCGGCACCGGCGGCACCGAGGGUCCGGCGGCGGCGGCGCCGCGGGACUGCGUGUCCGGCUUCCACGUGGACGUGGUGGUGACGGGCGUGGUGGACCAGUGCGUGUUCUUCGGCAAGGACAGCGCCAAGCAGGUGACCGAGGAGACCGUGCGGCUGCCCGAGGAGCCGCCGCCGCCGGGACAGCUCUUCCUGCUGCCCGAGGAAACGGCGGCGGCCGCCACCACGGCCACGGCGGCGGCGGCGCCGGGCAAGGACGGCAGCGGCGGCGGCGGGGACCCGGCGCUGUGCCGGCUGUACCGGCACGUGUCGCACGAUUUCCUGGAGAUCCGCUUCAAGAUCCAGCGUCUGCUGGAGCCCCGGCAGUACAUGCUGCUGCUCCCCGAGCACGUCAUGGUGAAGAUCUUCAGCUACCUGCCCACGCAGGCGCUGGCCGCCCUCAAGUGCUCGUGCCACUACUUCAAGUCCAUCAUCGAGACCUUCGGGGUGCGGGCGGCGGACUCGCGGUGGAACCGGGACCCGCUCUACCGGGACGACCCCUGCAAGCAGUGCAAGAAGCGCUACGAGCGGGGGGACGUGUCGCUGUGCCGCUGGCACCCCAAGCCCUACCACCACGACCUGCCCUACGGGCGCUCGUACUGGAUGUGCUGCCGCCGCACCGACCGCGAGGCGCCCGGCUGCCGCACCGGGCUGCACGACAACAACUGGGUGCACCCGGCCGGCGGCCGCAGGGACGAGGGCAGGUGAGGGUGGGACGGACGGACGGACGGACGGGCGGGACGGACAGAGCGGCGCCGCGGAUGCGGACGGGAUAAAAUAACACCGAGAGAGGAACGGAAA